AUGCAAAAACGCCAAUAUAAAAGCAAUCGUAGAAAGAUUUUGCAGCUAGAUCCCGGAUCAGACAAGAUCGAUGCCAAUUCAUCAAUAUCUGCUAUGGAUGCAACCUUAGAGAUAGAAGAAACCAAUAUUGCCGGUCUUGUUAGCUAUGAAGACAGUGAUGAAGAGGUAAAAUCAAGCAAUAAGAAGCCCCUUAUCAAGCAGCCGGAGCGUAAAGAUCAAAUUGCACAAGAAGUUGCCAGCUUUAUGCUUGAAAUAGAUGCAAUGGAGCAAGAUACCAGUGAUGAUCAAAAUCUCAGGGCCACGCAGCCACCUAAAUCGACUGAAAUUAUAUCUACAUCUUUCCGAAGCCUUGACAAGACUGAUGAUAAAGCUAUAUGGUUAGAAUGUUACGAUCAGAAUUCCAAUAGUGUCUACUACUGGAAUACUGAAAAUAAUAAAGUUUCAUGGGUUCUACCUGAAAACGCCAAAGUACAAUCCGCGUUGUCACAGCUUUAUCAAGAUCACGCUGACGAUAUAAAAGCUACUAUUUCUGAUAGUGAUGAAAUUACCGGUAUAGAAGAAACAACAAAUGAAAAUAAUGUAAACAAAGAAAGUGAAAUUGAUCAAGCAAGAAAGAAGCGCCCAAUUCCUGAUAAUAAUACGGUAACGUUGGAAAAUGAUGCUAAAAAGCGACAUAUAGAAGCGUGCGAAGAAUCUCAUUCUGACAAGGGUCUAUCAAGUGAUAAAAUAACAGAUGACAUAAUAGAAGCAUCCUUACGACUUCGACAAAAGCUAGAUGUAAUGGGUGUGCAAAAACUAUCCAUAUCUGAUGCUCAAAUAGCUCUAAUUCAAUUAGAGAUACGUUUCAACGAUUGGCAAAAGGGUGUAUUAAAUGGUAAAUAUUUUCUGGAGAGAAUUUUAGAAACCGAAAAAUCCUUCCAUAAACCUUACGAUUUAGACAGCAUAAAUUCUUUAGAAGAUUCGAUCGAAAGUCCGGAAAAUCUAGAAAAACAAGAGAUAGUCGAGGAAGAACCUGGUUUAGAAGCUGCAGAUCAGCAUCCUGACGAUAGCCAAGAAUGCACCCCCCACACUCCUGACAUUUCGAGUGUUGAAGAAGGUGAAAUUAUCGACAGCCCGCCGUCAAGCGAGACUACCGUAACAGAAGAGACUUACAAUACCAAGGAUGUGUCAGAUAGCGUACAUGACAGCCUUCCGCCCGAUUCUGAAGACACUACAAAUGUCAAUACCGACGAAAGCUGUUACUUUCAAUUUCAGAAACGUACUGAAUCGCCGGUAGCGCCGAAGAAAAAAGAGCUUGGUUGUAUAUAUCUUCCUUAUUCAAAUAAAGCAUUACCUAAAUAUGAUUUAAGAGACCGUGGUUAA